GUUUACAAACUUAGAAUGCAAGAAAUCAAGUUGCAAUGAGCUAGAAGAUUACCAUUUCCUUCUAUGCCCUGUUUUUACCCUUUUGUGAACUCAUCUUUUUUUAAUGAGCUCUUGGUUUUCUAUUGUAUCGAUGUUUUAAGGCACUGAGUUAAUAGUCAAGAAAGUUUAAAAGCGUUUAGCUAAUAGUUUUGUGGAAACUUUUAUCUAAUUCUGAUUCAUCUGCAAUCAAUCAACUGGUUGUUCCGUUGAAUUAUUUUAUUCGCAUACUAUUGCUUGCAGGACAACAGUUGCAUGUUGCCUCCUAGAUGCUUCAAUCAAAUCUAGAUUUCUAAAAUUGUUAGCAGAUAAGAAAUUUGUUCCUUCCAUCAGAUCAUCUUGCUUAAAUAAUUGUUUUCAUGGUAAAUAUUAAACUGAACUUCUGCAACUGACUGUUCUCUAGCAUUUCUCUCUUAAAGGUAGGUACUGCUUCUUGCAAGUUUGUGAUUUACUCGAGCCUUUAUUUUGUUGGUAAAUACAUAAACAAUGGCCAUUGAUGAGGAUUGGGAUGCUUUAGAAUUAUGGUUUAAUCAUUUGUCUAUGUAUUUGGACUUGAAAAUUUUUAUGGUGGAUCUUCAUGGAAUUGCUAUAUUUGGUGAUAGAAGAGUAUUUCUAUGCCUCUUUCCAACCAAAAAAAGGAACAUAAAUCUCGGUAAAGAAAAACAAGUCUACAGAUCAACUGAUGGAAGGACUCGGUUCUUCUUUAUCUGCACCAAACUUAAAUGAUUUUAUUUUUUAGUUUAUCUUGCUCUAAGGGCCAUUGGUUUUAGGUUGGUAAAUUCAGCAUUUGCCUAAACUUGCCAUUGUGCAGUGAGUGUAGUGGGGCUGUCAACAAGUGGAUUCCUGUGAACCAAUAUUGAGGUCCAAAGGAUGAGCUGUGAGCUGUGCAUAGCGCAAGCAAGCGAAGCUUAUAAACCUUUAUUGCUAAAUGAGCCCUCUCCAACUUAAUUGGAUAUCAGUAUGCAGAUGUGCGUUCUUAUAUUUGUGGGAACAAAUGGUGAGACUUACUUCAACACAGUUGCUCUGGUUUCCUGCGUGCAAAACUUUCCAAAAAGUCGGGGUCCUGUGGUUGGAAUUCUAAAGGGCUUUGCUGGAUUGGGAGGAGCAAUUUUGACUCAGAUAUAUGCAAUGAUUCAUUCCCCUGAUCAUGCAUCUCUGAUUUUCAUGGUUGCAGUCGGUCCAGCAAUGGUAGUUAUUGCUGUAAUGUUUAUUGUCAGACCUGUUGGAGGUCACAGACAAGUCCAGUCAACUGAUGGCAUAAGUUUCACAUUUAUCUAUAGUGUGUGCCUCCUAUUGGCUGCUUAUUUGAUGGGAGUCAUGCUUGUUGAAGACCUGGUCGAUUUGAACCAUACAGUGAUCACAAUUUUUACGAUAAUUUUAUUUAUCCUUCUUCUGAUUCCAAUUGUGAUUCCCAUGUCAUUGAGUUUUUGCAUAGAGCCAAGAGCUCCAGAAGAAGAGCCACUCCUGCCUGAGCCACAGAAACAAGAACCUGACAGCGUUCAGCAGGAUUCUAGUGAGGUUAUAUUCAGUGAGGUGGAAGAUGAGAAGCCUAAGGAAGUGGACUUGCUUCCAGCAUCAGAGAGGCGAAAGCGAAUUGCACAAUUGCAAACAAAACUAUUCCAGGCAGCUGCAGAGGGAGCGGUGAGGGUCAGGAGGAGGAGGGGUCCGCAUAGAGGGGAGGACUUCACCCUGAUGCAAGCUUUAAUUAAAGCAGACUUUUGGCUUAUAUUUUUCUCACUUCUAUUGGGCUCUGGAUCUGGGUUGACAGUGAUUGAUAAUCUGGGUCAGAUGAGCCAGUCUCUAGGGUAUGAUAACACCCAUAUAUUUGUGUCCAUGAUCAGCAUUUGGAACUUUCUUGGUCGUAUUGGUGGUGGUUACUUCUCUGAGAUUAUUGUGAGGGACCAUGCUUAUCCUAGACCAGUGGCAAUGGCUGUGGCCCAACUCAUUAUGGCAGUUGGGCAUCUUUUCUUUGCUAUUGGGUGGCCUGGGGAAAUGUACAUUGGCACACUGUUGAUUGGACUUGGCUAUGGGGCUCACUGGGCGAUUGUGCCGGCAGCUGCAUCCGAGUUAUUUGGUUUGAAAAAAUUUGGGGCUUUGUACAAUUUUCUCACACUGGCAAAUCCUGCAGGUUCUUUAGUCUUCUCUGGUGUAAUUGCUAGCAGUAUAUAUGACCAUGAAGCAGAGAAGCAAGCUCAUCGACACCAUCAACAGCAUCAGAAUUGGGGAUCAAUUUUCUCAGCCAUGUUUGGUGGUGUGGAUGAAGCUCAGAAGUGUGAAGGUGCCAUAUGCUUCUUUCUAACUUCACUGAUAAUGUCUGGAUUCUGCGUUAUUGCCUUUGUAUUAAGCAUGAUUCUUGUUUAUCGGACCAAGAUUGUAUAUGCCCACCUCUAUGGAAAAACAAGUACAACUAGGCUUAUAUAACCAGAUUAUUUGUCCAAAUUAUUGUGGUGUUUCAAGACUUCAUUCAAGGUAGAUUUCUUCGACAUAAACAUACAUUACAAGAACAAUGGCAGAGGCGAGAAUGCUUCAAAACACUUCUCUCCAGGGUGAGACUUGGCUCUUCUUCAUUAUAUUAAGGCUGCUCACUACAACGUAGUGUAUAAUGUUGAGCUUUUUAUCCCUUCCUUUUUUUGAUUUAGACAUUGUUUGGCUUGAAAUGUUUUAAAUCCACCUCAAAUGAAUAAACUAUGUUUGUUUGUCUGUUC